UUCGCCUAUUGGAUACAUACAUUUGGAUUAUUUAAACUAAAAACAAUCAAAAAGAAAAAUUUCGUUGCAAUGCUGAAAUGGGCGGUAAAAGGUGCAAGACAAUCGUACCUUCAAACACUUGAACCUACUCAAAAUGAAGGAGCCCAUACCAAACGUUACUCUUUAGAUGCACUAAGUAUACGUUGUGCUGAGACACCAUCUGUAUUGGUUACAACAACUGAGAGACGUAAACUGAAACGCAAAUCCUCAGACAUGCACUUACUCCGCAGACGCACACAAUGGUUAGAAAAAGAAAAUCACAUGACUUCCACACCUCUUAAUUCCACUCAUAGUUAUGCCUCUACCACACACAUACGUCGUCUAAAUAGCCUUAAGGACUUAAGUAAUAUAACACCUGUGCAAGACACCACUUCACCCAAAUGCCGUCAUAGCCUCAAGUACCAACACUGUGCCCAAACGCCUUUAGCACAGAAGACGAAACCUACUAACAAUAUGCCCAAACAAUAUGCAUCCACCUUACCCACUUUUGAUAUACAAUAUUCACCUUGUGGUCUAGUACCAGGUCCAAUGUUAGCGUUACGUGGUAUGGGUAUAGCUGAUACUUACUUCGAAAAGCCACGCUAUCUAAAUGUUGAACAAUUGAGUAAUAACACAACGGAGCAAAUAAGUAAUAUCGCCGAAACGAAAAGUAUUACGAAUAAAACUGCCGUUCGUGUUGAAAAAACUGAAGAAGUAUCGCUAACCUCAUCACAAAUGGGUGAUGUGACGCUGGAACGCAUGAUCGAUGCUAUACUAGAAAGUACGCGAAAAGAGAAAAAGUUACCAAAACAUUUUAGGCAACUGCACGCUACUGCUGUCAUGUCACCCACUUACACACCAGCUGAUGAUCCUGCAAGUGAUUUGCAUGAGUUUUGGCAUAAGGGCAAAUAUCAUCAGGAGGGUGCAGGGGCUGAGCAAAAAUAUAAUGAACGUGAAGUGCGUUCGCCUGGUAUUAGUACUAGGGUGAGACGUAAUAAUAGUUUUCAUUUGAGAAGGCAACGUGCUGUGAGACGUAAACAUAAAUUAAAUAAAAUCAAUUCAAGUAUUAAAAACUCUGCGCAGAGAGUAACCGAUGUCAAUGAUCCUCAGAAUAGUAAUUUAUACAGCAAACUACUACAAAAGAAGAGACUUACUGAAAAGGCUAGCACAGAGCAAGCCCCAGGUAAUAAAAAUAACUGCUUUGAAAAACGACCGAAUGUGAGUCCUGAUAGUGGGCACAAUUCUUCUAAUGAGUUGGAGGAUUAUUUAUUAGAAAAUAACAGUCUUCAAAGUGUUGAUUUGGAAAAUAGAAGUAAUAUAUGCCUAGAUGCCACCAAGCGACGUCUCAACUUUUCAAACAGUAACAUAAAUUAA